UUCUUGCUUCCGGCUCUGCCAUUGUUUUCGCUUCCGCUGGCUGCGGCUGUGUCCCGCGCCCAGGGGUCGCGGCGACUGUACCCCGGUGAGCGGACCCAGGGCGAGGAGGGGGGGUGCUUCCCGGGCCGGGGUCGCUGGGUUGGAGGCGCGGCAGCCCGCAGCCCUGAUCGGCGACGCCGGCCGGGUCCUCGCUUCGCCCCCACGCCCGUGACGUCAAGCCGCCGCCGGUUACGGAGCCUCCUCUUUGUCCAGUGCCCUUGAGCAGACGUGCCUGGCCGGGAGCCGGGCACCUGCCGGUACAGCGCUUGAAAAGGGCAGCCGUGGCCAGGUGACACCCCGUCACCCUCCACACCCAACUGUGAAAAACGGCUCCUGAAACCUGAAUUAUAGAGCAUCACUUUAAUUGGACAAACUGCAGCUGAAACCAGCUUCUCUUUGAGGUCACAAUGGCCACCCAAGGCAGGGGGACUCAAGGACUCAUCCCUCGGGGUGCUGUUCUCCAGAAGCAGGAGUGGCGCCAGACCACGAAGCAGGAGCCAGGGAGCCAGGCCUGGGGUCAGGCCUGCAAUCUCCAGAAGAACAACCCUCCGGUCUGUGAAAUUUUCCGGCUGCACUUCAGGCAGUUAUGUUACCACGAGAUGUCGGGGCCGCAGGAGGCACUGAGCCGGCUCCGGGAGCUCUGCCGCUGGUGGCUCAUGCCAGACGUCCACACCAAGGAGCAGAUCCUGGAGCUGCUGGUCCUGGAGCAGUUCCUGAGCAUCCUGCCCGGGGAGCUGCGGACCUGGGUGCAGCUGCAUCACCCCGAGAGUGGAGAGGAGGCUGUGGCUGUGGUGGAGGAUUUCCAGAGACACCUCAGUGGACCAGGAGAGGUUUUAACUCGAGCACAGAAACAGGAAAUACAUUUGGAGGAGACCACAGGCCUGGGCACAACUGAAGAAUCUCUUCCUACCUCACCCCUCAGUGAGGGUUCAGCCCCUGGAGCCCGACUGGAGCGUCCUCAUGACCCAGGGACAUACCUCCUCCACAGUGGGCACUCUGGUACUGAACUCCCCGGCUCUGGCCUCCAGUCCUGCCUCCCUUUUCUCCUCAAGUCUCCUUUAUCACCCUGUCUCCCACCCUGUUGGAAUCCCUCAAUGCCCUGGCCUCUCUCUUCCUUCCCUAGUAACUUUGUCUGUUCCUAUUGCUUAUUCUCCAACCAUUCACAUAUUUACUAUGAGUGUAAUGAGUGUGGCAAGACCUUCAGGCAGAUGUCUCAGCUCAUAGUUCAUCUCAGAACCCACACAGGGGAGAAACCCUAUGAGUGCAGUGAGUGUGGAAAGACUUACCGACACAGCUCCCAUCUUAUUCAACACCGGAGACUGCAUAAUGGUGAGAAACCAUAUAAAUGUAACGAAUGUGGAAAAGCCUUCACUCAGAGUUCCCAACUGAUUGACCACCAGAGAACCCAUACUGGAGAGAAACCUUACGAAUGUAAUGAGUGUGGUGAGGCCUUUAUUCGGAGUAAAAGUCUUGUUCAGCAUCAGGUACUUCACACCGGUAAGAAACCUUACAAGUGUAGUGAAUGUGGGAAAGCUUUCUGUUCUAAUAGAAAUCUUACUGACCAUCAGAGAAUCCACACUGGUGAGAAGCCUUAUGAGUGUAAUGAAUGUGGCAAAGCCUUCAGUCGGAGUCAGUGUCUUAUUCGACAUCAGAACCUCCACACUGGGGAAAAGCCAUACAAAUGUAGUGAAUGUGGGAAAGCUUACAAUCAGAACGCUCAACUUGUUGACCAUGAGCGAAUUCAUACUGGAGAAAAACCUUUUGAAUGUAAUGAGUGUGGUAAGGCGUUCAGUCUCAGUAAAUGUCUUAUUCGACAUCAGAGACUUCACACAGGGGAAAAGCCCUAUCAAUGCAACGAGUGUGGAAAAUCCUUCAAUCAAAACUCGCACCUCAUUAUACACCAGAGAAUUCAUACUGGGGAGAAGCCUUAUGAAUGUAAUGAGUGUGGGAAAGUCUUCAGUUAUAGCUCCAGUCUCAUGGUCCAUCAGAGAACCCAUACUGGGGAGAAACCCUAUAAAUGCAGUGAUUGUGGGAAGGCCUUUGGUGACAGCUCACAGCUCACCGUGCAUCAGAGAGUCCACACUGGGGAGAAGCCCUAUGAGUGUACUGAGUGCGGGAAAGCCUUCAGUCAGCGCUCCACUUUUAAUCACCACCAGCGAACUCACACUGGAGACGAGCACUCAGAGCCGGCUCGCGCGUGUUUUUAAGACACAAUUUUCCAAGGAACUCUGUAUCGAGCUUUUUAAUAAGAAGGAAGCUCAAUCUGGUGUCUUAAAACUGCUCCUCAAAAUGUGCCAUUCUCUGCAUACUUUCUGGUUGGUCAUGAAGGUAGGAAAGUGGGAGUCACAGUGUAAUUUUCCCACUGUUAGUAAAGUAACGGCUGUGCAUUUCAUGUGCUCGUAAGUUCCUUUAUACGUUUGUUCAUUUUUUUAAAUUUAAUUUGUUGAGAA